UGUUGCUAUCAGAAACAAUAAUUGCUUUAUCCACAACGGAGUAGAUAUCACGUCCACUCUCAACUGUUUGUAAAUUAACCACAGCUGUUAUUUGUGAGUUCCAUUUUAAUAGGACUUUUCAUCGUUAUAACCCCAAACAAUGUCAGCUACAAAAAGUGGAAAAUUAUGGAUGGGUCCUGGGACUUUGGAGGUACCAUUGGAAUUGUUUGCUUUGAAUCGAAGCCGUUUGGUGGAACGUAUUCGUCCGAAAUCUGGAGAAUCUAUAAUUGUUCUUCAGGGAGGCAACGAAGUUCCCUUUUACGAUACUGACACCACAUACAAUGUGUUUCGUCAGGAAUCUUACUUUAUGUGGGCUUUCGGAGUGAUUGAACCAGGAUGUUACGGUGCCAUUGACGUCAAAUCAGGAGAAGCUUAUUUGUUUGUACCUCGAUUUCCGAAAAGCUAUGCUGUGUGGAUGGGACCACUGCAUUCUCUUGAAGAUUUUAGUAGGAAGUAUGGUAUUCCGCAUGUGCAUUACGCUGAUGAGAUUGCAUCUGUUUUAUCCAAAUUAAAUCCAAGGGUUUUGUUGACAUUGAAAGGACAAAACUCUGAUAGUGGACUAAUAGCGAAAGAGGCCGAUUUUGAAGGAAUUUCCAAGUUUAAAGUUGAUAAUGGUUUGCUUUUCGAUGAAAUAGCUGAUUUGAGAGUGUAUAAGACGGACUAUGAAAUUUCCGUUAUGAAAUACGUGGUGGAGACAUCCUCAGCGGCCCAUCGCAAAGUGAUGCGUUUUGCUAAAGCUGGCAAAAGCGAGUAUCAAUGCGAGUCAGAAUUUUUGCACCACUGCUACAGCGUAGGGGGUUGUAGGCAGGUUUCAUACACUUGCAUUUGUGCCUCCCAUACAAACGCUGCGAUUCUACAUUACGGACACGCUGCUGCUCCUAACGAUAGAUUCAUCAAUGAAGGAGAGCUUUGUCUUUUCGAUAUGGGUGCCAACUAUUUCGGUUACGCUGCCGAUAUCACUUGCACGUUUCCGGUCAGUGGCAAAUUCAAUCCCGAUCAGAGAUUAAUUUACGAGGCCGUUUUGAAAUCGAAUUUAGCGGUUUUCGACGCCGCUAAGCCGGGAUCUAGUUGGGGAGAGAUGCACGUUUUGGCGACUCGCACGCUUUUGGAGGAACUGAAAAAAGGGGGGCUUUUGAAAGGGGAUGUUGAUGCUAUGGUUACGGCAGGAUUGGGGGCUAUUUUCCAACCGCAUGGGUUGGGGCAUCUUUUAGGACUGGAUGUGCACGAUGUCGGUGGUUAUAUUACUGGCCAGCCGACGAGACGGACUGAACCGAGAGGAAUUGAGAAGUUGAGGACUAACAGAGUUCUACAAGAACGAAUGGUUUUAACAAUCGAGCCGGGAUGUUAUUUUGUCGAUAUUUUGCUUGAUGAAGCGCUUGCGACUCCGAACCUUGCCCAGUUUUUGGUAGCAGACGUUGUUAAGAGAUUCCGGGGUUUUGGAGGCGUUAGGAUUGAAGACGAUGUUCUUAUUACAAAGGAUGGGGCCGUCAAUUUGACAAAAGUUCCAAGAACGGUACAAGAAAUUGAGGACUGGAUUGCCGGGAAAGACGACAAUAAAUAUAAUUAAAGAUUGAUUACUUUCAAUAAUAAUGUAUUGCUUUGAAUCAAUUUUAAUAAAGCUUACCUGUUAA